AUGCGUACCGCUUUCGCUCUCUCCGUUGCUGCCCUUGCGGCCAGCGUCUUCGCCGCCCCGGCUGAGGUCGUCCACGUCGUUGUCGAGACUCAGCUCCAGACCGUAUAUGUCACCGAGGGAUACAGCGCACCAACUGCUGCCGCCGUCUACGAGGCCCCUGCUGCAUACACCACUGUUGUCUACGAGCAUCCAACAUACACCCGCACACGCCGCACUCGCACUCGCAAGCCUGCGACGGCCACCCCAGUCUACACCCAGCCUGCCACGUCUGCCGCCCCAGUUUAUACCCAGGCGCCUACUACCUCUGCUGCCCCCACCACUCUUGCUCCCGUCACCUCUGCUGCUCCCACUUCGUCAGCUGCUCCCGCCGCUACCGGCACCGGCUACAUGGCCGUUGUCGACACCUGGCGCUCAAAGAUGGGUCUGAGUGCCCUUGCCCAGGAUUCCAAGCUCGAGGCCAACGCAAAGGACUGCGUUGUCUCCAGCGCCGGCACCAUGGUGCACAAGCUCAACCCCGGAUCUUACGGCCAGGUCCUCGCCCCCGGAAAUGCUGACGACUUCGAGCAUGUGUUCGUCGGCGGCUGGCUUUGCGAGAUUCCUACCCUUGCUGGACUCGACGGUGUCUGCACCACCCAAUCCGUUGGCUGGAGCUACGAGGGCCAGACUGGCCAUGCUGAGAUCCUCACCUCAGCCAGCUACAGCAAGAUCGGAUGUGCUCUGUUCGAUGGUAUCUGGGCUUGCGAUCUUGCUUAG